AUGGCGCCAAUUAAAAUCGAUCAAGGUACUAUUGUUAUCUUCGAUAUUGGCAAAAAUGUAUCUGAAUCUGGAGAAAAAGGUGAAAAGUCCUUUUUUGAAAAAUCAAGAGAAUGUGUAAGUCGCAUUAUUGAAAGGAAAAUAAUCAGUCAAGGAAAAAACUAUUUGGGACUGGUAUUAUUGGGUUCAAAAAAAUCGACAGGCGAUUUCAAAUAUAUUGAAGUAUUUUCUGAGCUUCAGGCUCCAACCUGGCAAAUAAUACGUCAACUGCCAGAAAAGCCAUGUAAAGCAAAAGGCAAUUGGUUCGAUGGUCUCAUUGUAGCAAUAAACCACUUUAAAAAUGAAGUGAGUGGUGUGAAAUUUAUAAAUAAACAAAUUAUAUUGAUGACCAACUUUGAUGCACCAUCCUAUGCUGAAGAUGAAGAAGUCACUAAGGUUUUAGCAGGAAUAAAUGAAGAGGGUAUCGAAAUUGAUGUUUUUGGUCCUGAUAUAUAUGGAGAUAAUAAAAAUAAUGACAUGGAUAUUGCAAAACAGUUUGUUGAAGGUACUAAUGGCACCACAGCAUCCUUUGACUAUAUUAUGAGAUACUUACUCUUCCAUAAGAAAAAAGCCACUAACCCUAUUCCUUGGAAUGUAGAUCUUAGCCUAGGGCCAAACAUAAAAAUUCCUGUGUCUGCCUAUAUUCGGCUUAAAGAUGAACCAGUUGUGAAAAAUUGGCUGAAGGGUAUCAAAGACCCUGUAACAAAUACAGCUAGCACAACUCAAGGUAUUAUGAAAAACAAGGUCUUUGUCAAUUCUGAAGAUCAAACUGUAAUAGAUAGUAGUACAGACAUAAUUAAGGGGUACUGUUAUGGCCAAGAAGUAAUCCCAUUUUCUGAAUGUGAUAAAAGUAUGCUUUAUGAGUCAGGUGCUAAAUCCUUAACAGUUUAUGGUUUCACAAGUUCAAGUAAUAUAAAUUGGCAAUGUCUAAAUGGUGAUGGAUUAUCGUAUGUUUUUGGCCGAAAAGGCGAUAAAAAAGCUCAGUAUACAAUAAGGUGCCUAGCUGAAUGUCUUCAUGAAUUAAACCUGACAGGAAUUGUAAGGCGUGUUUACAAUAAUGGAAAUGCACCAAGAAUGUAUGCUCUUAUGCCUGUAUUAGAUGCUAAAUAUAUAUGUCUUUCUUUAGUUGGAAUAUGUUACAAGGAAGACUUAAAAAAUAUAGCUUUCCCUCCAACUCACUUUAAAAAGCUUUCAUGCACAACUGAGCAGGUUGAUGCUUUUAAAAGUUUAAUUCAGGCCAUGGAUCUUACUAAAGCAUAUGAUGAAGCUGAAUUUGAUGAUACUGAAGCAUAUCCCAUAGCUGAAAUGGUAAGUCCAUCAGCCCAAUAUGUUUUGGAUUGCAUUUCUUAUAGAGCUAUGAAUCCGUCAAAACCUCUUCCACCACCAAGAGAAGACAUAAUGAUGCUCUUUAAGAUUCCACCAUUGAUAAGAAAAAGAGCACAAGAUUCAAUGGAAAAACUUAAAUCUCUAUUUGAUUUAAGAAGGAUAGAAGUUAAGACAAGGAAAAAAACCACAGAGAUGGAUGUGGACGAUGCCCAACAUAGUGUUGUCCCUACCAAGAGUGAAAACAUGGAAGAUGUUCCAAAAAUUCAAUUAAGUGUCAUUGAUAAUAACAUCCUUAAGGUAGAAAGAGUUGGAACUGUGGAUCCUAUUAAAGAUUUCGAAUCUUUAAAGGAAUGGAAACCCUUUAAGGAAUUGUGUUUUGAAAUGUCAGAAGCAAUUGAACAAUUAAUUUAUGGCAACAUUGAUGGAAACUUUGAGAAAGUAAUGAAGGUAUUAAUGCAUUUUAGGCAGGCAUGUGUUGCAUCAGAUCCUACUUGUUACAAUAAUUGGUUAAGAGAAAUUAAAACAGAAUUGAAUGAAAGAAAAAAGAUGAGUAUCUUGAAUAUUUUUCAUGACAAGAAUUUAAAUUUUAUAAUUAAAGCUGAAAAUGAUAAAAGCACUGUAACAAAUUCAGAUGAAGAUAGUCAAUUAUAUGAAAAUGAUACUAUGCCGAACAUGACAGAAGUAAGCAUUAGUACUCAAAUAAACAGUAUGUUUGAUGAUAUCUAA